UGCACUAAUUAGAAAAAUGAUUUCCAACGCCAAACUUGCUUGCGUCUACUCAGCCCUAAUUCUGGUUGAUGAUUAUAUUGCUGUAACUGGUGAGAAAAUCAAGAGCAUCCUCAAAGCAGCCAACGUUGACGUAGAACCAUACUGGCCUGGUCUUUUUGCGAAAGCUCUAGAAGGAAUCAACGUCAGGAAACUGGUCACCAACAUUGGAUCUGGAGUAGGAAGUGCGCCCUCGGCAGGAGAUGCUGCAGCUCCAGCUGCGGCAACAGCUACUGCUGAGCCUGAAAAGGAGGAAAAGGAGGAGGAAGAAGAACCUGAAGAGUCUGAUGAUGAUAUGGGUCUUGGACUCUUCGAUUAGAGUACAGGUUUUUUUAACUAUGUGACA